GGGUCUGCCCCGGCCGGAUGUAGGGGCCUGGCCUGGCGGGAGGGGCGGCCCAGUGGGGGUGCCUCUGGAGCCGCCCCCGGGACGUGAGUCCUGGAGGAGGCGAGGGUUGCAGCUGAUGGUGAGAAGACUAUGAGUAAGUCUGAGAACUUGUUCUUGACUGGUUCUUCAUUGGCAUCCCAAGUUCAUGCUGCUGCUAUCAAUGGCGAUAAGGGAACACUUCACAGACUCAUCAUAGGGAAUUCUGCCCUUAAAGACAAAGAAGAUCAAUUUGGGAGAACACCACUUAUGUAUUGCGUGUUGGCUGACAGACUGGAUUGUGCGUACGCUCUCUUAAAGGCAGGGGCAGAUGUUAAUAAAACUGACCAUAGCCGAAGAACAGCCCUCCACCUUGCAGCUCAAAAGGGAAACUAUCGCUUCAUGAAACUCUUACUUACACGUAGAGCAAACUGGAUGCAGAAGGAUCUAGAGGAGAUGACCCCCUUGCACUUGACCACCCGACACAAGAGCCCCAAGUGUUUGGCUCUCCUGCUGAAGUUUAUGGCACCGGGAGAAGUGGACACACAGGAUAAAAACAAGCAAACCGCCCUGCAUUGGAGUGCCUACUACAAUAACCCUGAGCACGUGAAGCUGCUGAUCAAGCACGAUUCCAACAUCGGAAUUCCGGACGUGGAAGGCAAGAUCCCACUCCACUGGGCAGCCAACCACAAAGACCCGAGUGCGGUUCAUACCGUGCGGUGUAUUCUGGAUGCCGCUCCAACAGAGUCCUUACUGAACUGGCAAGACUACGAGGGCCGGACACCUCUUCAUUUUGCAGUGGCUGAUGGAAAUGUGACUGUGGUUGAUGUCUUGACCUCAUACGAAAGCUGCAAUAUAACAUCUUAUGAUAACUUGUUUAGAACACCACUACACUGGGCAGCAUUACUAGGUCAUGCUCAGAUUGUCCAUCUCCUUUUGGAAAGAAACAAGUCUGGAACCAUCCCAUCCGACAGCCAAGGAGCAACACCUUUGCAUUAUGCAGCUCAGAGUAACUUUGCUGAAACAGUGAAAGUGUUUUUAAACCAUCCUUCCGUGAAAGAUGAUUCAGAUCUUGAAGGAAGAACGUCCUUUAUGUGGGCUGCUGGGAAAGGCAGUGAUGAUGUCCUUAAGACUAUGCUGAGUUUAAAAUCUGACAUCGACAUUAAUAUGGCAGACAAAUAUGGAGGUACAGCUUUGCAUGCUGCUGCCCUUUCUGGCCAUGUCAACACCGUGAAGUUAUUACUGGAAAACAAUGCUCAGGUCGAUGCUACUGAUGUCAUGAAACAUACUCCGCUUUUCCGAGCCUGUGAAAUGGGACACAAAGACGUGAUUCAGACACUUAUUAAAGGUGGAGCAAGGGUAGACCUAGUUGACCAAGAUGGACAUUCUCUUCUCCAUUGGGCAGCACUGGGAGGAAAUGCUGAUGUCUGCCAGAUUCUGAUAGAAAAUAAGAUCAACCCAAAUGUGCAAGAUUAUGCAGGAAGGACCCCUUUGCAGUGUGCUGCUUAUGGAGGAUAUAUCAAUUGCAUGGCGGUGCUCAUGGAAAAUAACGCAGACCCCAACAUUCAGGACAAAGAGGGAAGAACAGCUUUGCACUGGUCCUGUAACAACGGGUACCUUGAUGCCAUUAAAUUACUACUAGAUUUUGCUGCUUUCCCUAAUCAGAUGGAAAACAAUGAAGAGAGGUACACUCCCCUGGAUUACGCUUUGCUUGGUGAGCGCCAUGAAGUGAUCCAGUUCAUGUUGGAGCAUGGGGCGCUGUCCAUCGCGGCCAUCCAAGACAUCGCAGCCUUCAAAAUCCAAGCCGUCUACAAAGGCUACAAAGUCCGCAAAGCUUUCCGAGACCGAAAAAACCUCCUCAUGAAGCACGAACAGCUGCGCAAAGACGCUGCCGCCAAGAAGCGAGAGGAAGAAAACAAGCGAAGAGAAGCAGAACAGCAAAAGGGUAGGCUGAGUCCAGAGGCCUGCAGGCCCCAGACCCCACCCAACGGCCAGGCUGAGCCCGACAGAGAGAGCAGGACCCCCAGCAAACUCCCUCCGGCCAGCAUUGCAGCCCGGAGCCCUGAACCAGAAGACUGCAGACGGCCUCCAAGCAGAGACCCCCAGAAGGCACAGCAGCUUUCUCCAGAUGUUCAAGGCACAGACUCCAGAAAGCCCAGUGAACCCUCCAGAGAACAUCCCAAAGGCCAGCCUGCGUGUGUCCACUUCAUCCCGGCGGCCCCCCGCGGGGCUGGAGGCCGGCGCCGAGGAGAGACAGCGCCGGGCGAGCAGCGGUGCAGCCGGGGCAGAGCCGCGUCCGGCGUCCGCGGGCCCGACGGGGCGGGAGAGGGCCCCGCGCCGCACGACGGGCCCCCGCACAAGCCCGCAGCCCCUCGGCCCAGGGGCGCCGGCCCCAGACGGCGCGUGCAGGAGCUCAGAGGAGGCCGGCGCUCCCCGGCGGGUUCCAGCCGGCCGGGCAGUGCCAAGGGCGAGGCGGCACCCGCCGGGCCGCAGCCUCCCCACCCUCGGACCCCCAGAAACAAAACGACGCCCCCCGACAAGCCCGCGGGACGCGGGGCCCCCGACGCGGCCCAGAACCCAGAGGCGGUGCCCGCCGCGGGCAGGAAACGGGGACCGCGCGCCCAGUCCCGGCCCCGGGAGGCCCCGGCGACCCCCGAGCCCGGGCAGGGCGUGGACGUGGACCUCCUCCCCGUGGAGCUGCGGCUGCAGCUCAUCCAGAGGGAGCGGAGCAGGAAGGAGCUCUUCCGCCGCAAGAACAGGGCCGCGGCCGUCAUCCAGCGCGCCUGGAGGAGCUACCAGGUAAGAAAACACCUGUCCCAACUUUUGCACAUGAAGGAGCUUGGAGCCAGAGAUGUGGACAGACGGAACCAAGAGUGCGUGGCUCUUCUGCUCCAGAUUUGGAGAAAGGAACUGGAAAUAAAACUCCCUAAGACCACUGCAGUUAGCAGGACCACGAAGUGUCCAUCCAAGAGUGGCUUGGACACAAAGCCUACAAGGCAUUCGGUACUCAAGCAAAUCUAUGGUUGUUCUAAAGAAGGAAAAGUGCAUCAACCCACAAGAUCUUCAAAAUCCCAUUCUGUGCUGCAUCUCAACUCAGUGAGCAACUUACAGUGUAUACAUCUACUUGACAACGGAAAGUCAAAGAAUUUUUCUUAUAAUCUUCAAUCAGCUACUCAAUCGAAAAAACAAAGCAAAGCUUCUACUGCCCGUGGAGGAAGACUAUGUCCAGGAGAACUGGAAUAGCCACUGCAGUUUUAAUUACCUGUUACAUCUUUGGAAACUGAUACUAUCCGUUCCUUACUAGAAUCUUACUAUGAAUCUUACUAGACAAGAAUAUCAGAUUGUUUU